GAGCCCCUUCGUUGCUAACGGCUCUCAGUAAAGCUCCGGCUUUGGGAACUGGCGAGUUUACGAGCGACUCUGACUCCAGCACUAUGUCUGACAAACGACAGUCCAGCCAUGUCCAGUCUCAGCGGAUCCCUGAGUCCUUCAGAGAAAAUUCCAAGACAGAACUGGGAGCUUGUGGAUGGAUUUUGGUGGCUGCCUCGUUCUUUUUCGUAGUUAUAACCUUCCCAAUAUCAAUAUGGAUUUGCAUAAAGAUUGUAAAAGAGUAUGAAAGAGUCAUCAUCUUUAGACUGGGUCGCAUUUUGCAAGGAGGCGCCAAAGGACCAGGUUUGUUUUUUAUCCUGCCGUGCACUGACAGCCUCAUCAAGGUGGACAUGAGGACCAUCUCCUUCGACAUUCCUCCGCAGGAGGUCCUCACUAAGGACUCGGUGACAAUCAGCGUGGAUGGUGUGGUCUACUACCGUGUUCAGAACGCAACCCUGGCUGUGGCCAAUAUCACCAAUGCAGAUUCAGCAACCCGUCUUUUGGCACAAACUACCCUCAGGAAUGCGCUGGGCACCAAGAACCUGUCUCAAAUCCUCUCUGACAGAGAAGAGAUUGCACACCACAUGCAGAGUACGCUGGACGAUGCCACGGAUGACUGGGGGAUAAAGGUGGAGCGGGUGGAGAUUAAGGACGUGAAGCUGCCAGUGCAGCUCCAGAGAGCCAUGGCUGCAGAGGCAGAAGCCGCCCGGGAGGCUAGGGCCAAGGUGAUUGCAGCUGAAGGGGAAAUGAAUGCGUCCAGAGCUCUGAAAGAAGCGUCCAUGGUUAUCACCGAGUCUCCUGCCGCCCUUCAGCUCCGAUACCUUCAAACCCUGACCACUAUUGCUGCAGAGAAAAACUCCACCAUUGUCUUCCCUCUGCCCGUCGACAUGUUGCAGGGCAUCAUGGGUUCUAAUCACUGAGCUGUCCAGGUCUAUGGAGAGCUGUGCUGAAUCCUUCCCAGGGUAAAGUGGGGACAAAGUUAGCCUUUAACUCACAGGAAGAUUAGCCAGAAACUUGUCUGUCCCCCUCCCUCUUCUUUCCUGUAUGUUCACUAGAGGGGCUUUUAGAAUGGCUAGAAAUCAUAAAGGCAGAUGAGGGACUCGCUCUGGAGCCAGGAGUGUAGCUCAGUAGCAGAGUACCUGUUAGCAUGCCUAACCAAAACAGAGACAUGUUGGCUUGUAAAUAACGAGAGAAUGAGAUGGCUGGCUUAUGCACAGUUCUCUUACUCUUUAAGUUUGCGUCUUUAUUCUUAAGUAGUUGAGGCCAACUUCUGACUUCCUUUAACUCAUUCUGAACCAUGAAUGAGCAGGCAAGUCAGGGCAAGGGACACAGCCUAGACAUGCCACCUGAGCCCAGUUAAAUGCUCUAUGACACUGAAGAAUUGUGCUGCCCACUUCUCUGGCCACCUGUGCAUUCAUUCCCUUGAGAGGAUAUUUUGGAUUGUUUUGUUUUGAGACAGGAUUUCUCUGAGUGGCCUUGGCUGUCCUGGCCUUGCUCUCAGAGAUCUCCUUGCCUUUACCCCGACCCCCCACCCGAGUGCACCACCACAACCACCUCGUCUUAAGGAAGGGUAUUUCCCCCAAAGUUCAUCCACCAACUCUAAGCCCAAACCUUGUUUCGGAAUGAUCCUCUCCUUCCUCCUGCUUGAUCCUGUAGGAGCCAACAGAGAGGCUCACACUGACCCUUCCGAGACCGAAGGUCACUCCUGCCAUAGUCCUUUUGAAAAUAGUAGGUGCACUUUUUAAAAACCUUCUUGGGCCUCCCAUCCCUGACUUGAUGACCCCUCUGUGUGUGGCCUUUAAAGCAGCUAAUUCCUGCCACAGAAGUGCUCUUUCUCACUUUUGCCUAUUUUCAUGAAUCAGGUUUUUACAUCAUCUUGAUUUUUAAAAAUAACUUGGGAGUUCUAUCAAUAAAUUUUUAUGUCCAUUUGAUUAGCUUAAGUACUGAAGUACCUUUAAAUUUUUUUAAGAAAACAUCAUACUUCGCUCUCUGCAUACUAUUAACUGUUGUAUACUGUGGUAUGUUUUAAUACUAACCCUCCCUAAGUAGCAUAAGGAAUCCCUAACACAGGAGCUUGUGAUUGACCUGUGCGGACGCCCCUGCUGAGCCCUCCGUGCACAGGGAGAAUGCUUAUGUUUGAUUCGUUUUGUGGGGUUUUCUUUCUCAUAUAAAACAUACAAAACCAGUAGAGGACCACAGUUCCUUAUUGUGACAUCCUUCCCUUGGCCUGGAAAGCUUGGUGGUGGCUUUAGCAACAGCUUGGGGGGAGCGGGGGCGGUCUUGACUCAGCUGGAGGAGCCUGGAAGAAUGGCUCCCUGUCACAGUAGCACUGUUGACACCUGCCCUGAGCUGUUCACUGCCAGGCCCACGUGGAGCCCAUGACAGACACUCUAUUCCUAAGCCUUGAGCCCAGCUGGGUUUUCUAGAGGUGUAGAGCACUUCCACCUGGACUCAAGUUGCACUUACAUUUUGAGUUGAAAAAGAUGUUUUUUGCUUUUUUUAAAUCUGUUUAUAGAAGUAGCUCACCCUCCACUGAGGACCAGGAAACCCUGUGUCCUGGUAAAAACACCUUGGAAACAGGAAACAAUGCCCCUGGUUUUCUAAAUUUCCUGUCCAGACACCAACUGGCCUUUGCUUCUGUGCCUUGUGAAUUAGUAAUCCAGUAGGCUAAAACUCAGUCACAGGGAGGGGUGGAGAAGAGCAAGCCCAGAGGAAGGGGUGCUGGUGGGAGGGUUUCCACGCAUCCCCCCCUCAGCCGUGUACAAUAAAGUGCGUGCCCUGUGACCCAA